AUAAUUAUUGAAAAUAUACAUAAAGAAGGUAAGCCACCCUAAUAACUUCCUCCAUUCACUCCAGCCCUUCGUCUUCCUCACUCCUGCAUCCAUCCAAAACUGCCCAUUCAUAAGCUGUUUUUCCCAGCUAAAAAUUUAAUGCGCCCAGAUCCCCAGUACAAAAUUUAUCCAAACUUUUAUGAAUAUACUAGUUAAGCCUACUGUGGGUUACUCUAAAAGAUUUUUAAUAUCUGAAAAUGGCUGGAAUAGCUCAAGGAGUUGACUGAAGAGGGAUUUGAGCGGGGAUUGCAAGGUUUUAGGAAUUAGUAUGAGACAUUGUGAUAUUUUGGCCAAAAAUAACAUCCUAGCUUUCUGAACUUCUUUAUUAUCUUUGCUCAUUAGACUGCCUAUUCGAUUUAUUUCGAUUAUUAGAAGAUGUUUUGAGUCGGCUAGCUUGAGCUAAAAGAUUUCUUAAUUCUAUAAAUAUUGUCUCUGCUUGACCUAGGAAAUUUUCAUAAUGCCUUAAAAAUUAAAGACUUUAUUACUUUUUCCUGAAAGGACUGGGUAUUGUAAGGAGAACACUUGACAUUUUUUAUUUAAUUUGUGAUUAAAAUUAUUACAUCUUUGAAGCUGUCCAGGCUCUAGGGUUAACUUUUCAAAAAAUUCAUCGCAAACCUCCUGAUUUCAGCGAAAAUUCAUAAUUUUUCCUGAUCUAGUACUCUGAGAGGCAGGAUGGACUUAGCUAGUAGGGUAAUUUCCGCCAAUUUAUUACAGGCUAAAUCCACCAAACCUAAAAGGCAACUGGCAUUGAUCUCUUUUAAGGUACUAUGCUAAGAAUGUUUAGUGACAUUUUUCCACAAAUCUCAUAAUUCGGUGUAAAUUUUAAAUUACCCAACCGAUUAGUAAAUUCUUUCCGUACCAAUCAGGUUUGCCCGUCUUACUCUUUAACAAGCCUUGCUGGUUGCCAGGCUUCAUGUAGUAAGUUUUAAAGCAGAUUAGAGCUUUUCAUACAUUUUGAAAAUCUAUCAUAACGAGAAUCUUUUAAAUAUUUUUGAGAAGCAAACUUCGAAUGAGCCCUCAGCCUCCUUGAGAUAUAUUUUGACCGCGAAAUUAGGUGAACGGCAUAUUUAGAUAUCCAAACCUGCCUCUAGCAGUUCUUUAGUAGAUUAACAGCCUGAAGACAGCACUCGAGGUUAGAGAGGGCUCAGCCAAUAGUAGAGGUUAAUUUAGUAGUGGCUUAGAGAAGAGAACAAAAAUAAAUCAGCCUUAAGAGGAAAGUUGUUUGAGGUAGAGAUUUUAAGCAAGAUGCUUAGGUUGAAGGCUUUCACUCUUUUGCUGAUGAUAGGAUAAGAAUUUAGCAUCAGGUUAUUUCUAUUAAUUAUGAAAUACUAAAUAUCUUAAAAUUUUAAGAAUGGUGUAGAGUGGGUUAAGAUGAGUUGGUAAAGUUGUUAAUUUAUUCAAAAUUCGUACUAUAAACCCUACAAAUAUCCCAUAAAAAUACUUUUAAGCUCCUUCAAAAUCAAGUCUCUUGUGACCCUCAAGCUCUUAUACCUCUAAACUGGCCCAACUUGUAUAUCCUCCUUUAAACACGAUAAAACCGCUUUGUUUAGCUCGAAAUAGGCCUAGAACUCUGCAUAAUCCUUCCUAAAAUCCAAGAUUUCACUUUUGCCUUCACUAAAACCUUAAUUUACCUCUUUAUAGUAUGAUAAGGAACCAAAAUUAUUCACAAGAAAACAGCCAAAUGACUAGAGAAGCCCCUAUGUUCCCUGCUGGAAUGCAGUACCUCCCAGUGAGGAGAAAGAAAACCGUAGGAAGGUGGACUACAGAAGAACAUGCCCAGUUCAUCAACUGCUUGAAAACAUACGGCAAAGACUGGGAUAAAUUAGACGAAAUGAUACCUACAAGGAAUAGUCUCCAGAUCAGAUCACAUUGCCAGAAGUACUUCAAUAGGAUCAAGAAGGAUUAUAACACCAAUAACCCAAUGGAAUAUAUCUUGAAGAACAUGUGUGAUGUAUCACCCUUUUACAAGUUUGAUAAGUCCAAAUUUGACAAGAAUAAGGAAGAAGAUGAGGCUAUGAUUCCUGCUCAUCAGAAUUAUACCGAACUCAAGCCAGCUCCAGCCCCAGAGGGAUAUGGAAAUCUGAAGCCAGCUCCAUUCACUGAGGGAUAUGAAGAGCUUAAUAAAGCUCCAGUUCCAGCUGAUAGAGAACAGUCUGCUUCAAGAUCUAGGGAGCAAACAUCUAAACAUAAAAAGCGACACAUAAAGUACCUCCAAAAGUACCACGAAGACUCUAGCAGCAGUGGCUAUUUUAAGUCCAAAGCUGACCGAAGCUGUGGCAAAUCGGAGUACUACCAAGUCAGUUUGUCUAAGAUGAAGAAACAUGCAGAGAAAAUCCAUAGGUCAAAGACAGAAGUUAGUGAUAAAGCAGAAUUGAUCACAAAGAUAAUCCAGGCUAGAAAAGAAAAAUAUGCAAGAAAUACAUCUGAAAAUACGAAGAGUAGCAAAGGAACUAAGAUUGAACUUAACAACACUAGCAUGCUUAUCCAAGGAAAUAAGAUUGAAAUGAAAAUACCAUGUAAAAUGAUCAGAUGAUCAGACAAUACUCAGGCAAUCGUCCCAUCUCAGCCAUCUAAGAUUAUUAUCAAGCCUCUAUCUUCCCUACAACAAUUGAUUUAUAACUCAGAAGCGGGAAGUUUCGUACCUGAGCAACCACCAAUGAAAAGAAUGAAGGAGAUCUCGAACAUGAGUUGAGGAAACCUGCAGUCAAUAAGCACAAACUUCACUAGAAACUCCAACGAAUCCGUCUCUCAAGGCAAUUUCAACCCAAUGCCUUACAUCCAGCUAGCCAUGCAGUCCUACUGCACUUGAUUUUACAACACGAAGGCUGAAAAAGGUUCCUAACUCAGAGUAGGUUCCACACCAAUAACAGAAACUAAUUGAAAAUUUUGAUAAGAUUUCUUUC